UAUAUUGUUGACUUAGUAGACAUAUUUAAAGCAAAUUUCUUUGAGACCAAAAAAGCUUCAUAAUCUUUAAGGAAUAAAGUGCAAAACAAUAUAACAAGGCAUACAUUUUACAACAUCGGAUAAAAACACAAUUUAACUUGCAUGAUGAAAGAAAAACACGAAAUUAAUAACUGCUUGCUUUGCGGUGAUGAUGUUCAGCGCAGGCCAUAAACGUCAUCGAUUUAAGUCGUCAGUGAUCGCCUGAAAAAAAAUUAUAUAGCUCGUACAUAAAAGCGGCACAAACAUUAAAAAGGCAGACCACUCCGGUUCAAUUUGGAGCAAAAUGGGGGGAUGGUGACCUCUGGAUGACCUAAAAAAAUAUUCUUUAAUAUCUCAGAAACCAAAGCAGCACAAAGGACAAAUUUCAACGGCACAGACGAAGCACUAACCAUUCUGUCUAUUUGCCGGAAUUUUUCAAGUGGGUGGGGUGUCAGCUUCACGCAGCUGCUGCAGCUUUUGUGUCGUAAAGCUCAGAAAGCGCGCGCGCUGCCUCACGCGCUGGUGCAGGAACAACAAAGCGUGCACCGUGCAGUCGGUAGAUCCGGGACGGACAGGGGAUCUGCUCACACCCCACUACAGCUUCCAGUGUGCUCACACGGGCUUGUCUUCAGCGUCGGGUUUUCUCCACGCUGUGAUACAGCAGAAAGGUCAGGACGAAGAAACCGUGCCCUCAUGGCCAGAUCGAGUACUUGUUAAAUGCUGUUCAGGGAUGUGAAGAUGCAACAUUUCUUCAACUCCCCCCCUACUGAGUCGCUAAUCUCAAGACAGUUCCCUUUGGACCUGCUCUCCACCAGUUUAGAACCCACAGAACCAAACACCGCAGGCAUCUCAGUCAGUAACUUCAGCAACUCCAGCUCUUUACGCUGCACCUAUAAAGAAGAUUUUAAGCGCAUCUUGCUCCCUGCGGUGUACAGUGUCGUCUUUGUGCUCGGCAUUCCUCUCAACGCGGUAGUCAUAUUGAAGAUAUGGAGGACGAGGCCCCACGUCUCCCGGAACAACGUCUAUAUGCUCAACUUGGCCAUAGCUGAUUUUCUGUACGUGAUGUCACUUCCUUUACUCAUCUACAACUACGCCAGUUAUGACUACUGGCCCUUCGGGGAGUUUGCUUGUAAACUGGUCAGGUUUCAGUUUUACAGUAAUCUGCAUGGCAGCAUCCUCUUCCUCACCUGCAUCAGUGUGCAUCGCUACAUUGGGAUUUGCCACCCCUUCGCCAUGUGGCAUAAAGUAGGUGGCCGCAGGAUGGCGUGGGGAAUCUGCGCAGGAGUGUGGGUGGUGGUUGUCUUCCUUUGCGCACCAACCUUUAACUUUGCCGCGACAGGAAUCCAGCGCAACCGCACAGUGUGCUAUGAUCUGAGCACACCAAAGCGCUCGAUGGACUACUAUCCCUACGGCAUGGCUCUGACCUUCCUCGGCUUUUUGCUGCCCUUUCUGGGUCUGAUGGUCUGCUACUGCAGGAUGGCCCACGUCCUCUGCCGUCCCGUGUCCUACCACGGGGUCUCGGUAGCUACGGGGGAGAAGCGGGACAGGGCCGUGAGGAUGAUCCUCGUCGUGGCGGCUGUGUUCUGCGUUAGCUUCCUGCCCUUCCACCUGACUAAAACCAUGUACCUGGUGGUGCGCACACUGCCCGCUGCCCCCUGCGAGAUGAGGAACUUGUUCGCAAUUAUCUAUAAGAGCACAAGGCCAUUUGCCAGCAUGAACAGUUUCCUGGAUCCUAUCUUGUUUUACUUCACCCAACCACGUUACCGCAGGAGCACCAGGAGGUUUAUGCUCAGAGUGACCACCCUCAGGGACAAGGGAACCACUGUGUGAGCAAGUCCCGUUUGGUCCUGUUGUUCUUUUAGCAUUUUAAAAAACCAUUAAGUAAGGAAGCCCUUAAAUAUGCAACAUAAAGGCUAAAAUGGAGUGAAAUGAAUGGUAAACUUUAACCAAAUUCUCAACUACACCCAACCGACCCUGAUUUUCAGAUAACCUGUGACUGAUCAGCUGUGGAUGAUCAGAUCAUUAAUGGUCAGCAUUGUCCCUGUGAGAUGUUUGCUUCACUUGCCACUAUGUAAAUUUAAAGGAGACAUUCUCUUUUUGAACCCACAUGGCGCCACUGUGAAGCUUUGUAAAUAGUUUUCCAUUUUAGUUCUUCCAUUAAACGAAGGCACACGGCAAAUGCUGCAGAUAUGGUAGAAGUCGUUGUCUAAUAUGAUUUAAACCCCACACAAAAUAAUAUGAUUGUUUGCAUUAAGUGGUUAUUGUGUCAUUGCACUCGCAGUAGUAAUAGAGACUAAAAUUGUAAAGUGUUUUUGACGCUUAGAUCAUUUUCUUAUGAAGAUCUGUACAUUUAUUUAGCUCUGAGUAAUGUUGAAACUGUAACAGAUGCUGUUUCAUAUUUUCACCACUGGAGGGUGUGUGUACUCCACUGCACUGAAACACUGGCUCUGCAAUGAAUGUAAUCCAUAUGAUUUAUUCAGGAUGGAUCACAUUUUCUGUGCUGCAGUUAACUAUGAACUGAUUACAAUCAAAGUCCAGAAUACAGCACACUGAAGUUGGGUUUGGAAAAUAUUUAAUGGAACGUGCAUUUUAAUGUUGAAGGUAACAUUAAUACAUCACAUAUUUGUUAAUCUAGUAAAAGUUGUUCACAUGUAACAAAAAGGGCCAUUUAUGGACCUAAACGUAAGUCUAAACUAUCUGGUUCUCUUCUUGCUGUGAAAGUAAAAUCCCUUCCUGUUAAAAUGGGGUUUCAGUUCUGAGAACUGGAGGAAGCUUGUUGGAGAUUGGAGACUAAAAUAGUGAGGGUUUGUCAGUCAGUCAGUCAUUUUCUACCGCUUAUUCCAUAGUGGGUCACGGGGGAGCUGGUGCCAAUCUCCAGCAGUCUAUGGGCGAAAGGCGGGGUUCACCCUGGACAGGUUGCCAGUUCAUCGCAGGGCAACACACAUACAACCAUGCACACACUCAUUCAUACACCUAAGGGCAAUUUAGAGAGACCAAUUAACCUAACAGGCAUGUCUUUGGACUGUGGGAGGAAGCUGGAGUUAGUGAGGGUUUGUUCAUUUAUAUUAUCUGGUAGAGAUGUGUACUGCGCUUUAAAAUAAAUUAAUUCAGACACUCUUCCAGCUCUUCAACACUAAGCCUUGAUCAUUUUUUAAAACCUCCCUGUAGCCUUGUUUGUCACAGGUAGUAAUUUUAAACCUUUUCAGUACCUGUUUUACCAGAGGUAUGGUCAGGUUUGGGUCUUCAUGUAGUCAUUUUAUCACUAAUAAAGUUUAGCACACUUCUGUCUACCUUUUUGAAUGGCAUGAUUUCUUGUCUUACCCAUUUUGAAGAGUUUGUAUGAAAAAAGUACCUCUGUACCAUUUUAUAUUUGCACUUAAACAAAACAGGAAGUUAUGAGUUAUAGAGACUGUUAUCAACUUGAAGAAAGUAUGGUAUAGAUUAAAAAAUGCUUCGGUUAGAUAUGUUUUAUUGGAAUUAUUAGGUGUUUCAUUCAUUGUGGCACCAGAGAUUUUCUAACAAUACAUUCGUUUCUUCACUGAACAAAUGUUCUCAAAUUAAAAAUUGGAUUUUUUUACAUUUUUUGCGUGAGAUAAUCCUACUUCAAUAAAAUCUGAAAUCAUUUGAAGGGGCUGUUUUUCAACGCGGUUGGUCAUGUAUCACUAAGAGCUCUUAACUCUACCAGAGAUAGUCUGGAGAAGGAAUGCACUGCUUAGCAUAUCACUGUUUUAAUAGCUCUUCUUAAGAGCUUGCUGGAUACAGUCUAAAUUCUGUACUAUAUUUAAAUUUGAAACAUUUGUAAAUUCCUUUCAUACAGCGGAUUAAAUUUUGUGUUUUUGCUUGUUUUUGAACUGUGUGAUUUUCGAUCGUCAGACGCUUUUUGUUUUACCAUGCCAAAAGUUAAACAAAUGCUUUUUAUGAUGUUUUGUUGGAAAAUGUAUUUUGAAAUGCAGAAACUGUGAAUCCGUGUGUCACAAUGAACAGUAUAAAUCAAUGAUAAACCAACAAUGAAUUUGCUGCACAUCCAUUCUCCCAACAGGUUUUUUGUUUUGUGCUAACUCCCUAUUUUGAGAUUCCCAUUGAGGUAGCUUGUGUUUUUAUUUCAUCUAAACUGUGUGCUUUGUAUGUGUUUAGCUGAGAUGAUAAUAGAGCUCCAGUUGACAUUGAUUUAUCUGUGUUACACUGAAUGUGAAAUGUGUAUGCAUUUGAAAUGCAAGGUAUAUUUUAAACACAAAUAUGAAGUCAUUUGCUUGAAAGUUUUGUGUUUGGACAAAGUGCUUUUUUUUAGUUAUAUAAUAACAUAAGUUAUAAUGGGCCCCCUUCUAUGCACUAAAUGCGAGGCCUUAUCAUUUGUGUGAUGUGAUGGUGGAAACCUACAUUAAAUCUUUACUGUGCCAAUAUUAUUGUGCCUGUUCGUAUUGUUUUGAAGAGUUUUGUAAAUUUUUUGGAGAAAUACUGUAACACAGAUGUGUGUCAAGAAAAAGCUUCUGUAUUAAAAAUGUUUUUGUGUUCUAAAUGUUGCCUUUAUUGUCUUAGACUCCGUUUGGUAGUUUUCUGUGACCAGGUGUUGGAAUGUUACUGUCAUAAUGUAAAACUAACUAAACAAAAAAAAGUAAAUAAAGACGCCAUGCAAACAACUGAA